ACAAAAAAGAAAUAAAAAAAAAAAAAAGAAAAGAAAUAGAAAUAGAAACAAAAAAAAAGGGAAUAAACCUUAUACUUACUUGUGCUAAAUUUCAAAGCACAAAAGAAUUUAAAGGGAAAUGAUUUUGCAAAAAUCAUAAGAAUACCAUGGCAAAAAAGUAAGAUUUUGAAAAAAGGCGAAAGGAGACAACCCACUUUUCGGUUUAUAUAAGAAGUCGAAAAAUAUAUUUUUGUGAAAAGUUUUUGCAUACUAUCUGUGAUAAUUUAUUGGAGAUGAAAAAAAAAAAAUAAAACAAUUAAAAUACAUUUAAAUCUCAAGGCGCAUCGACAAACAACGAAAGCUUAUUGAAUACAGUGAAAAAAUUUCUCUUAUUAUUAUGGUAUCUCUGCUCUCUGAUUAUUUCCAUGUCUUCGCUUCUCUAAAACUGUAGACAUUCCAAUAUAUAUAAACUAUAAGUAGAAGAGCGGACUAACGAAUUCAAACGCUACAUAACGUAAAAGUAACGCGAGAGUAAUAUGAGAGUAAUUCAAAAAUAAUUUGGUCGCAUCUGGGAGUAAGCGUCUGUAUUUGUUUACAAUUGAGAAUAAUUCAAAGAGUCAGUCUGCAUUUGUUAACAGCUCUUGCAUUGAAAAAACGACUAUGAAUUUGGCCAUAUAUGAGAGUAAUUCAAAAAUAAUUCUAAAUGGAACGUGGUGUAAUCAAAGAAAGUGGUUUUCAGACUUGCUCAUUUAAAUUACUCUCAGAUGACUGUGAAUCGCAUUACAAUGCGGUGGUUCGCUGAAUAAUGAUAUAAGUUAAAUGCGGUUAUUAGCACAAAUUGCAAACUUGAAAAGUAGCAAAUAUAUUUUCAUGCCUAAAACCUGGCAAUCGUUGUAUAAUUUAUAGAAAAUUUUUAGGAAUUUAAAAAGAUGGCAUAAGAACGUCAAGGAAAAAGAAAUGAAAUGCAAAAAGAAAGAAAAGCAAAAUGUGUUUAAUGUUUUUAAUAGUGUCAAGCGUCUAUGAAGGAAUAGAAGAAAAAAAAAUUCAACUUUAUAUACGCGAGCUCGUGGAUGUGUGAGUCGAAAAUAAAUGACAAAGCUAAAAUUAUUUAAAUAGAAGCACAUUUAAAAAACUUGUAAUAAAACAAAUAUUUAAAAAGUAUUAAAAAUAUCAAAAAAAAAAUGAACGGCCCGAUCUAAGUAACUAACUUACAGUAAUCAGAAUAAUAAUAAUAAUAAUAGUAAUUAUAAUGAUAAUAAAAUGAAAAUAAAAAGAAAAAAUGUGAUGAAAUAAAAUUACACUUAAUUGGAAAGAAACAUAACGUAUACAAAGGUAUAUAUAUAAAUAAAAAUAAAAAAUACAUAAAAAGUUGAAAAGCAAGAAAAAAAAUAAAAUGAAAAUAUUAUUACAAAAGAUAGAAACUAAAAAAAAACUUUAUUAUUAAUGAAUAAAAAAGUAGAGAGUUAAACAGGAAAACUUUCUAGCAACGACAACGAUAACAAACGGUUUUAAAGCAUAUAGAAGUUAAAAGCUUUUCCAUUUACAUAUACUUCGAGUCGUACCCGAAUUAGUAGUUAAAUGUUUUUCACAAAAAUAUAAAAAAGGAAUACAGGAGAGAGUAGACAUCAGCUGUUUUUUUCAAAAAUUAAUGUUUUUUAAUUGGGUCCAAUGUUGCAGCAGUCAGCGACAUGCUUACAGCCACCAUUAGCACAAAUUGCAUUCUUCAGCAACUCGAAAAAACAUGAACAAACUCAAAACGCAUCAGAGAAGAGGAUAACAUUCGAUCCUGAAAGCAAGGCUUUGAUAACUCUGAAAAUAAUAGCCGAAAAUUUUUUAAAUCAUGUGGCCUUGUCUAGUCGUAAUGUUUCGGCAGCAUUAGCCUUAACAACUUUUCAAAAUGGGCACCAAAGACCAACUAAAACAACAACAACAACAACAGCAACAAAUGACAACAAAUCUGGAACUAAUGCCAUCAUAUCUGGCAUUUCAAUUGCGUUAACAAAAUUAUUUUUUAAUUUAUUCAAAAACAAAAUCUCUCUGCAAAACUCUUUUAUGACUAAAGCGACAAUGCUUAGCAACGUUUAUGAUAAUGAAAACCCUCUGAACAACAAGCACAACAACAACAAUAACAACAAUAAUAAUAACGCAAGCAAGAACAUGAACAUGGACAUUCAGUCUGGCCCAAGAAAGUCAACCUCCAGAAGAGCAAAAUGCGAAAAUUUAGAUUUUAAUAGCCGCCGCCGUAGAGGACGUCUAAGGUUUGGAUUUAUCACGCGAUCAGCAUUACAUGCACAAAGCGUUCUUGGAGAUGUGGCAUCGUUUUUGUUGACACUGUUGUUUUCCUUUGUUGUCGACACCUAUGUAAAUAUGAAAACCCUUGUGUUGUCUUCAGUGAAGUGCAAAAGUUAUUUAAAAAUUACUUCUAAAAUGGCUAUCCAUAGCAAUUGUAAUCAGAAUAACAACAAAUCAAAUUCUAAAAAUUAUUAUUCAUUAUACGCUACGUCUGCCACUACCACCUACAAAUUUUCCUUAUCAAUGUCUUACCCGUCGCUGUCGACGCUGCUGUACGCUUUGCUGCUGUUAACGACCAUUCUCAUACUUCCAUGCACUAAUCAUAUAGCUGCAGCUGCUAAACCGAAAUCUGCUACUCAAUUACAACAACAAAAACAGCAUCAUCAUCAAGAAUUGGAGCAAAAACCGCCAAAUUUAGCGUACGCUGCUGGUGCCGAUAAUAUUCAAAUUGAUAGCGGCGGUAUGCUAUUAACAUCGCCCUCCUAUCAAAUCGUCUCUUCGCAAACAUCGAAUGAAGAGGAAUCGGAAUUUCUAUAUCCGUCAUCGCAAUUCGAUGAGUUCGAUGAGGAGAAACUGGCCGAAAACGAUAUGGAAGUGGAUGAGGAACAAGCAAACGUAUAUAAAGAUGAGAAUCAAACCCGCCACGAUAAUGAAACCGUUAUUAAGACACCGCUGUUUCCGAAAGAUCUAUUUACCAAAGAACAAUUGGAAAAUGGCGCUGUCGUCUGUCAUAUUCUUGGUGUCAUUUAUAUGUUUGUGGCAUUGGCCAUUGUAUGCGAUGAAUUCUUUGUGCCUUCCCUGGAUGUAAUCAUUGAGAAACUCGGUAUCACUGACGAUGUUGCCGGUGCAACAUUUAUGGCGGCAGGUGGCAGUGCACCCGAGCUAUUUACAAGCGUUAUUGGUGUAUUUGUAUCAUUCGAUGAUGUUGGCAUUGGUACAAUUGUCGGUUCGGCUGUAUUCAAUAUUCUAUUUGUGAUCGGUAUGUGUGCGCUGUUCUCGCGAACGAUACUAUCGUUGACUUGGUGGCCGUUAUUCCGUGACUGCUCCUUCUACAGUCUUAGUUUGAUGGUAUUGAUAUAUUUUUUUCGUGAUAAUCUUAUCUAUUGGUGGGAGGCGCUUAUACUCUUUUGCGUUUACAUCGCCUACGUAACAUUUAUGAAAUGGAACGUUGAAGUGGAGUCGUGCGUGAAGAAACUGAUAUCGAAAAAUAAGGUGACUCGCGUCAGAAGUACAGAUCAGCUUAUGCCAGCAGGUAAUGCCGCCAACUCAUCAGAGACGUCGAUGGCUACGCAGCCUGGUGGCUCGGUGACAUCAAGAGCGGCUUCGGAGACCCGUUCGGGACCGCCUGGUUCGAGCAGUGGUGUUGCUGGUGCUACAGGUAAUAGCAGUGGUGGAAAUACGAGUAGUACUCAGACUGGUGCAAAAUUCCGUCAUGGCCUAUUGCAGCUUAUGAUACACACAAUAGAUCCGCUACAUGAUGAUGAUGUUCCAGGCAAAGUGGACGAGAAAGCAACACAAUUGCAUGCCAUCGCCUCGUUGAAGGUUUUACUGGAUGCGACUAAACCGCAAAGAGGUGGAGCAACAACUUCAGCAGCCAAUCAUGUCAAAAUCAAUCUAAAGGAAACUACUCUGGCAGAUCGUCCCAAUGGCAAUAUCGAUACCACAUUGGAUUCGCCAUCGUUGAGUGGUCGUCGUCCAAGCUGGAUUGAUCAGAGGGUCAAAAUUCAAACGCGAAAAUUUAGCAUCAAACAGCCCCAAGAAAUUGAAGACGAACCAGAGCCACUAAGCAUGGCUUGGCCAGAUACUGCCCGUAAACGUCUUACCUAUAUACUAGUGGCUCCUUUGCUUAUCCCGAUGUGGUUAACAUUGCCUGAUACACGCACGCCUAAGGGCAAAAAACUAUUUCCCGUUACCUUUAUCGGCUCCAUACUAUGGAUAGCUGCCUUUUCUUAUUUAAUGGUAUGGUGGGCGAACGUCGCCGGCGAUACAGCACGCAUUCCACCAGAAGUUAUGGGCUUAACCUUCCUGGCGGCCGGCACCUCAAUACCAGAUUUGAUUACAUCUGUAAUUGUAGCGCGUAAAGGUUUUGGUGAUAUGGCCGUCUCUAGUUCUGUGGGAAGUAACAUAUUUGAUGUUACUGUCGGUUUACCCAUACCAUGGCUUCUUUACGGUAUCUUUUAUGGCGCCCCUGUUGAAGUGAAUUCGGUGGGCAUGGUCUGUUCUAUAACGAUAUUGUUUAUGAUGUUAAUAUUUGUCGUGAUGUCAAUUGCCUGCUUCCAUUGGCGCAUGAACAAAGGCUUAGGUUUUACGAUGUUUUUGUUAUAUUUCGUUUUUGUUGCCGUCUCGUUAAUGUUUGAAUACGAUGUAAUAACAUGUCCAGUGUAAAAUGUUAUGUUUAAAAGAAAAAAAAAAAAGCGAAACAAAACAAAAAAAAAAUCUUCAAAGAAACUUUAUAUGUUAAAAAAAUAUGUUAAUAAUUUUAAGUAAAUUUAAGAUGGAAAGUAGAAAAAGGAAGCAAACAUACAAAGAACGAAAGAAAAUGUACUUUAGCAACAAAAUUUUAGAUAAAGCGAUAACACGAUUAAAAGAAAUCCAAAAACGUUGCAAAUAAAAAAAAUCAGAAAAUAAAAAAUUAAAAAUUUAACAAAGCGUUAUUUGCAGCGCCAACGUGCUCACCAGUCGAAUUCGUUUACUGUAAGCUUUCAAAACGAUUUUAAGUUUCUCUUUAGUUAUCUCUUAUACUUCAAAGGAAAAAAUUAUAAAACCUUAUGUUAGAUGUGGGCAUGCACGCAGGUGUAAAGUGAUCAAUAGUUUUUUUCUUCUUUGCUUGUGUUCAAAUGUUUGGAAUUAAUUCUCGGUUGGCAUGUGAUAGAUACUUUGGGGUUUCUGCUAUACGAACGCUUAGAGAGUAUUCUUUCCAAAACGGAAUAAGCAGUCCUUCAACAAUUAAAAAGAAAAUCUGUUAGUUACUCAUUCUUUAUGAAGAAUACCCCAAAACAUCUCUCGAUAUCAAAAAAUCAUACUAACACGACAGAGAUCUGAGGAAUUGGAAGUAACCACUAUUUCCUAUUGACUUGUCACUAUUUAUGAAAUGUGAUUUUUAUAAAAUCAUUUGUAUGAAAGGCAACGACCACAUUGUCCAAAACAUUCCAUGCCAACAACCUCGAAGUUCGCGUGCUUCCAAAAUCGCUUGAAAACUCUUUGAAGCGAACGAAAAAUUGCAGUUAAGUUAUAUACUCGUUAUAACACCAUAAUAGCCGGAUUAAAGAUUCGAGCUUCUCCAGAUCGCUUUACAUUAAAAUAUAACGGAAUCCAAAGAAACACUUACUUACUUAUCAAUACUUUCGUGCGCACGCAGGUUGACAGAAAUGUACAUAUAUGAAAAUCUUCCAUGUGCAUGGUGAAGUUUGUAUUAAAUUUUUUCAAAAAAAACUUUUUACAAUAAACGUGAAAACAAGUAAGAUAAUUGUAUGCGACGCAAAACGAAUCAUCCAUUUAUCAUUGCGUCUGCUUUUUCACCGAUUUGAUUCAUUUUCAAUAACGACGUGCGUGCACAAAUGUGGAAUGUUUCCAAUAAUUUUAUUGCCAGACAGACGGACAAAGACGGCCACAUUGAUUUAGAGUUUCACGCUGCUACAUUGGGGAUGAAAACGAAACGCUUAUACCCGUCAUCCUUCAGUAGCGGGAAUAAUAAAUUUUUUUAUCAAAUUGCAAAUUUACGACAUUUUCUUAAAAAAUUCAUUCUCGAGAGUUGCAUUACUAACUAAUACUAACUACAAUCAAUUCUACCCGGACGAUUGAUUACUCAUUUAAAUCUCAAGUGAACAUCGAAUGUACUUUUAAUUUGUAAAGAAAAAAAAAACAAGACUUCAUAAAGUGCUUUUUGUAAGGAUUUUUCCGUUAGUAGUUAGCUCUCUCUUUAGCAUUU